ACGAGUAUCCUUGAUUGCGAAAAUUGUACCGAGUGUUUAGGGCUGGGUUCCAAUCGCCUGGCCUUAUAUACGCUCCUGCGCAGAGAUCGCGGCACACGUGCUACACACGGCAGGACAGACGCACGACACAGUCAUGUACGCUAAGUUGUUAAUGUUGUGCUGCGCGUGGGCCGCGGUGUCUGCGGCGCCGGGGCUGCUCGACAUCGGGCUGUCGCACGGGUACGCCGCGCCCGCACUCGCCGCGCCUGCAUAUACCACCCACACUAUCGCCGCUCCUGCCAUCACCACUCACGCCAUCGCCGCCCCGGCCAUCGCCACUCACGCCAUUGCCGCCCCUGUAGUCCGUGCCGAGCCCAUUGACCCUAACCCAGCGUACAGCUUCUCUUACGGAGUAUCAGACCCCCACACCGGCGACCAAAAGGAGGCGCACGAGACACUGCAGAACGGAGUCAUCCACGGUUCCUACAGUCUCGUCGAGCCCGACGGCCACGUGCGCAAGGUCACCUACACCGCUGACAAGGUCAAUGGGUUCAACGCCGUCGUACAGAGGACUGGUGGCACUCACGCGGCUCCCGUCGCCGUAGCAGCACCCAUUGCGAAGGUAGCACUAGCACCCGCACCUGUCGCCGUCGCCGCACCCGUAGCCAAGCUCACCCUGCCGGCGUUCGGCCACCCCUGGUAGAUGCAUCGAUGAAAUACUGCUGUGUUGCUGAUCGGCUACAGGACAGGCCGCCCCUAAAGCAAGUGGCAAAGAGAAUAUGGUGGGAUGCUUCACCAAUGCUCUCGGACGAAAUACUCUUCCCUUCCAAAGAUGGUGGAAUACAGAUGGAAUAUUAAAGAUGGCAGUUGGUUUUUAAAGGUUAUUUAGUUGGGUUUAAGUUUGAUGCAUGGAAUAUGGCCACGAGGGAUCGGAAGAGUGAAGAUAAAAUAGCUUAACAUAGUCUCUUGUAGCAAGAAGUUGUUAAGGCUCCAUAAAGGAUGUUUGCUGGGGUUGUAAGUAUUAGAUUUUUGGGUUGUUACGAAGGUUUUUUUACAUCCGCUCGGCAACACAGCAGUAGCA